GUGAAAAGACUAAUAAGUAUAGCUCGUUUGUCAGUAAAGUAUUUUUGGGUUUUGUUUCAUAUUUUGUUCGUAGUUUGUGGUGGGUUUUUGUUUUUUUCUGGGUUGUGGCGCAUCGGAUUUUAGUGCAUUUCGUUCUUGCAAGAACACUCUGAAGCUGCCCUCGUGAUUGUGACCAUCUCAUGUAGCGUCGGUCGCUGUUUCCGAUGAUCUGAAAGUGGAUUGUUAUCGUUGUGUUGCGAUCUUAGAAUUAGAACAUGGAACACCAGCAGACAACAUUGCGUGAUCCGCCAUCUGUGAAGCCCUCGUCCAUGUCAUUCCAUAGAGUAACUGUUCCCCGUGACGGAAAAGUCCUCGUUCACAACGCUCAGUCGGUUGCACCUGGCGAAAUCCUCGGAUUUUGUGGGGCUUGUGUUAAGGGACUGUCAGGAACCUGGGUGGAGAGCCGGGUAAUUCGCUCGGCCCUGCUGGGAACAGUUACUGUCAACUCUCGCCAAAACGAAAACGAACGCGUAAUCGAAAUUAACGUGUCCCGACGAACUGCUGAAACCUCAAGCAUUAACCAGCCUUCCUUAGCUUUUGGUGAAAUUGUGAUUGCGGAAGUUAUGUCGGUGGAUGUGUUGGAAGUGCAUUGCAUGAUUCGAGUCGUCGGUGGUAAAGUGCUCGACAAUCCUAUAUCGGCAGUUAUGCACAUGGAAAAUAUCGAGCCUCUUAAUCCACACCUGGUGGAAUUGGAAGACCAGUUCGGCGCCAGAGAUCUCAUAUUGGCCCGCAUCAUGACACUUGAUUCGCCCGUUCAUUUGGAUGUGGCUGGGGAUUCCAAACUAGGUGUUGUCACCUCGUUUGGUCCAACCGGAUGUCAGAUGAUCCCAGUUGGCGCGCACGAAAUGAUAUGUCCGGAUACAUUUCGCAAAUUUCACAAGCGACUUUCUACCGCAGUUUUACCUGUUGUGCUACCAGCAAGGAAAUAAAUCAGCUUCGGUUGUUUGCAAAGUACGUAAUAUAACUGACAAACGCUUUAAUACCGAAAUUUUUUGCCUGUUCUGACAUUCACUUGUAAAGCUCAAGCUGAUAUAAUAUUAUAUUAUCUCUUUGUGGAAUUUUCAACAUGGAUCAAAAGAAAUUCAGAACAACUUAACAAUAAAUUGUUAAAAACAGAAAACCGUA